AUGAGAGAAAAUAAAAUUUUCACGGGUGAAAAUAUAUUAAUUAAGAAUAGUGAAGAGGGGAAAAAGCAAAAUCAAGCAAGAAAUUUAAUAGAAUUUCGAUAUCAUGGAAAUAAUUUAAAAUUUAUUAUAAUUGAAAUUAUUACAUCAUCAUCUUCACUUAACAAAAAUAAUAGUAAUAAAGAAAGUGUUGGUGAGCCUAAUGAUGAUUAUAAGGAAGAAGAAGAAAUAAUUUAUGAGAGAAAAGAAAUCAAGAUUAUUAAAGAAAUUAUCGAAAAUGCAUUCAACAAUUAUAAUUUAUUUAAAGAAUUUGGAUUAAAUCCACCAAAAGGAAUACUUUUAUAUGGACCAUCUGGUACUGGCAAAACAUUGAUAUUUAAUGCAGUGGCAUCAGAAACAAAUUCAUACAAAAUUUUCAUAAAUGGUCCUGAGGUUAUUAGCAAAUAUUAUGGUGAAACAGAAUCAAAGUUGAAGAGUAUUUUUGAAAAGGCAUUGGAAAACUCACCUUCAAUAAUAUUUAUAGAUGAAAUUGAUGCUUUAUGUCCAAAAAGAGACCAAGUUAAUAAUGAAUCAAGUAAACGUGUGGUUGCCAUGAUGCUUACAUUGAUGGAUGGUAUAUCAAACAAAGGUGAUGAUAAAAAUGGUAAAGUGAUUGUUAUUGGUUCUACCAAUCGGCCCAAUUCGUUGGACGAGGCAUUAAGAAGACCUGGAAGAUUCGACAAAGAAAUUGAAAUUGGAAUUCCCAAUUCCCAUUCAAGAUCAUUAAUAUUACAAACUUUAUUGAAAGAUAUUCCAAGCUCAUUAACAAUUGAUGAAAUUGAAUCAUUUUCAUCAAAACUACAUGGUUAUGUUGGGGCGGAUUUGUCAGCAAUUUGUAGAGAAGCUGGAUUAAAAGUUAUAAAAAAUAGAGUUAGGAAUAAUAUUGAUGGUAAUGACGAGGACAACAACAACAAAAAUGAUAAAGAUGAUAUUAAGAUUACAUUAAAAGAUUUAGAGGAUGCGAUGUUAAAAGUUAGACCAAGUGCAAUGAGGGAAAUAAUAUUAGAAAUACCAAAAGUUUAUUGGAAAGAUGUUGGUGGACAAAAUGAAAUUAAACAAAAGCUAAAAGAGAGCAUUGAAUGGCCAUUAAAGUAUUCGGAGAAAUUUAAAAAUUUAGGUAUCAAGCCACCAAAAGGUAUAUUAAUGUAUGGCCCACCUGGUUGUAGUAAAACAUUAAUGGCAAAAGCAUUAGCAACUGAAGCAAAUUUGAAUUUCAUAGCUGUUAAAGGUCCCGAGUUAUUUAGUAAAUGGGUUGGUGAAUCAGAGAAAGCAGUCCGUGAAAUAUUUCGUAAAGCAAGAGCCGCAUCACCAUCCAUUAUAUUUUUUGUUAUUAAGCAGGUUUUAAAUAAUGUUACUAUCGUAGCUGCUACAAAUAGACCUGAUAUAAUGGUAAAGAGUCGUAUAGAUAGAAUAUUAUAUGUUGGAUUACCUGAUUUUUUAUCACGAAAAGAAAUAUUUAAUAUACAAUUAAAUAAAAUGUCCCAUUCAAAUGAUGUCGAUAUUGACGAAUUAGCAAAUCGAACUGAAGGAUGUUCAGGUGCAGAAAUUGUUUCUUUGUGUCAAGAAUCAGCUUUAAAUGCCAUGGAAGAAGAUAUUAAUAUAACUCAAGUGUGUCGUAGACAUUUUGUUAGAGCUUUAAAUAAUUUAUCAAAACGCAUUACACCUGAAAUGAUUGAAUUCUAUGAAACUUUUGCUAAAAAAUCCAAAUUAAAACUUAUCUGA